AGAGAUAGAUAGGGAGAGAGAGCUAGAGAGACAGAGAGAGAGAGAUAGAUAGGGAGAGAGAGCUAGAGAGACAGAGAGAGAGAGAGCGAUAGGGAGAGAGGCUAUUUUUGGUCAAUUAUAACUCAGUUAUAGCACUUUGGCGAGCACAGUUUUGACCAGACCAGACACUUUGUCCUUAAGUAACCAAUUCUAUAUUGUGAUUCUAUUUCUUAGAUGCAGCUCGCAGUUUUCUACUUGAAACAACCACACACCUCAGCUCAUGUUGCUCAGUGCAAUCCCGAAGAGUGUGAGUGGAUAUAAAGGUUUAGAGGUUAUUAAAUGGUCUUCUUAGAUCAGGGCUGCCGUUCCAUGCAGGUUUUUGCUCCGACCCUAACCUAACAUACCCGAUUUAGCUCGUUAAGGCGUUGGUGAGCAGGCAGUAAGUAGAAUCAGGUGUGAUUUUAAAUUAUGGUUGGGACUGAAUACCGACAGAAGAGCUCUCUCUGUGAACAUUGAUUGGGCAGCCUCGUCUUAGAUUAACACUGUCCAGGCAAUAGCUGAUUCAUGUGCAGAGAUGGUGCAAAGGAAUGCAGUGAACCUGUGGAAAAGCAUUGUACCUUCUACAGGUGUGUUGAUCAUUAGUAAUAUGAACCUGUGGAAAAGCAUUGUACCUUCUACAGGUGUGUUGGUCAUUAGUAAUAUGAACCUGUGGAAAAGCAUUGUACCUUCUACAGGUGUGUUGAUCAUUAGUAAUAUGAACCUGUGGAAAAGCAUUGUACCUUCUACAGGUGUGUUGGUCAUUAGUAAUAUGAACCUGUGGAAAAGCAUUGUACCUUCUACAGGUGUGUUGAUCAUUAGUAAUAUGAACCUGUGGAAAAGCAUUGUACCUUCUACAGGUGUGUUGAUCAUUAGUAAUAUGAACCUGUGGAAAAGCAUUGUACCUUCUACAGGUGUGUUGAUCAUUAGUAAUAUGAACCUGUGGAAAAGCAUUGUACCUUCUACAGGUGUGUUGAUCAUUAGUAAUAUGAACCUGUGGAAAAGCAUUGUACCUUCUACAGGUGUGUUGAUCAUUAGUAAUAUGAACCUGUGGAAAAGCAUUGUACCUUCUACAGGUGUGUUGAUCAUUAGUAAUAUGAACCUGUGGAAAAGCAUUGUACCUUCUACAGGUGUGUUGGUCAUUAGUAAUAUGAACCUGUGGAAAAGCAUUGUACCUUCUACAGGUGUGUUGAUCAUUAGUAAUAUGAACCUGUGGAAAAGCAUUGUACCUUCUACAGGUGUGUUGAUCAUUAGUAAUAUGAACCUGUGGAAAAGCAUUGUACCUUCUACAGGUGUGUUGGUCAUUAGUAAUAUGAACCUGUGGAAAAGCAUUGUACCUUCUACAGGUGUGUUGGUCAUUAGUAAUAUGAACCUGUGGAAAAGCAUUGUACCUUCUACAGGUGUGUUGAUCAUUAGUAAUAUGAACCUGUGGAAAAGCAUUGUACCUUCUACAGGUGUGUUGGUCAUUAGUAAUAUGAACCUGUGGAAAAGCAUUGUACCUUCUACAGGUGUGUUGAUCAUUAGUAAUAUGAACCUGUGGAAAAGCAUUGUACCUUCUACAGGUGUGUUGGUCAUUAGUAAUAUGAACCUGUGGAAAAGCAUUGUACCUUCUACAGGUGUGUUGGUCAUUAGUAAUAUGAACCUGUGGAAAAGCAUUGUACCUUCUACAGGUGUGUUGAUCAUUAGUAAUAUGAACCUGUGGAAAAGCAUUGUACCUUCUACAGGUGUGUUGGUCAUUAGUAAUAUGAACCUGUGGAAAAGCAUUGUACCUUCUACAGGUGUGUUGAUCAUUAGUAAUAUGAACCUGUGGAAAAGCAUUGUACCUUCUACAGGUGUGUUGGUCAUUAGUAAUAUGAACCUGUGGAAAAGCAUUGUACCUUCUACAGGUGUGUUGAUCAUUAGUAAUAUGAACCUGUGGAAAAGCAUUGUACCUUCUACAGGUGUGUUGAUCAUUAGUAAUAUGAACCUGUGGAAAAGCAUUGUACCUUCUACAGGUGUGUUGAUCAUUAGUAAUAUGAACCUGUGGAAAAGCAUUGUACCUUCUACAGGUGUGUUGAUCAUUAGUAAUAUGAACCUGUGGAAAAGCAUUGUACCUUCUACAGGUGUGUUGGUCAUUAGUAAUAUGAACCUGUGGAAAAGCAUUGUACCUUCUACAGGUGUGUUGAUCAUUAGUAAUAUGAACCUGUGGAAAAGCAUUGUACCUUCUACAGGUGUGUUGAUCAUUAGUAAUAUGAACCUGUGGAAAAGCAUUGUACCUUCUACAGGUGUGUUGAUCAUUAGUAAUAUGAACCUGUGGAAAAGCAUUGUACCUUCUACAGGUGUGUUGAUCAUUAGUAAUAUGAACCUGUGGAAAAGCAUUGUACCUUCUACAGGUGUGUUGGUCAUUAGUAAUAUGAACCUGUGGAAAAGCAUUGUACCUUCUACAGGUGUGUUGGUCAUUAGUAAUAUGAACCUGUGGAAAAGCAUUGUACCUUCUACAGGUGUGUUGAUCAUUAGUAAUAUGAACCUGUGGAAAAGCAUUGUACCUUCUACAGGUGUGUUGGUCAUUAGUAAUAUGAACCUGUGGAAAAGCAUUGUACCUUCUACAGGUGUGUUGAUCAUUAGUAAUAUGAACCUGUGGAAAAGCAUUGUACCUUCUACAGGUGUGUUGGUCAUUAGUAAUAUGAACCUGUGGAAAAGCAUUGUACCUUCUACAGGUGUGUUGGUCAUUAGUAAUAUGAACCUGUGGAAAAGCAUUGUACCUUCUACAGGUGUGUUGAUCAUUAGUAAUAUGAACCUGUGGAAAAGCAUUGUACCUUCUACAGGUGUGUUGGUCAUUAGUAAUAUGAACCUGUGGAAAAGCAUUGUACCUUCUACAGGUGUGUUGAUCAUUAGUAAUAUGAACCUGUGGAAAAGCAUUGUACCUUCUACAGGUGUGUUGGUCAUUAGUAAUAUGAACCUGUGGAAAAGCAUUGUACCUUCUACAGGUGUGUUGAUCAUUAGUAAUAUGAACCUGUGGAAAAGCAUUGUACCUUCUACAGGUGUGUUGAUCAUUAGUAAUAUGAACCUGUGGAAAAGCAUUGUACCUUCUACAGGUGUGUUGAUCAUUAGUAAUAUGAACCUGUGGAAAAGCAUUGUACCUUCUACAGGUGUGUUGGUCAUUAGUAAUAUGAACCUGUGGAAAAGCAUUGUACCUUCUACAGGUGUGUUGGUCAUUAGUAAUAUGAACCUGUGGAAAAGCAUUGUACCUUCUACAGGUGUGUUGAUCAUUAGUAAUAUGAACCUCUUCAGGUUUUUUUUUUUACAUUUGUGCGAGAAAUUCCAGGUAUGUUUGAAAUAUUAUUUUCCUUGCUUUGUAAAGUAUCAGCAAACACAAUGAGUGUAAAUGUCAAUAAGGACUUUUUUUCCCUCCUGUAUAUUUUGUCUUAAUCUUAUAUGAAUAAUAUGUGUAUUAGUUAUGUUCCAUCUGCUUGUUUCGUUUUCAGACAAACAUCUAAAUUGUGAAAUAUAUUUACAAAAUAAAAGGCUAUGUGUGAGGGGGGGGGGGGGA